CCAGCUGUCACUUAUGAACGUACGUUUACGUCCCCCUUAAGGUCAAGAGGAAAGAAGCAUGGCCGCUGUGCUCAGAGGUUCUCUGUGCCUAGUAGGAAGGUGUUGGAAACAUGUUGACAUUGCGUGCGUUUUCACACGGUCCAUGGCCUCAAAAACACAAGUGGGGUUUGUUGGUCUGGGAAAUAUGGGAAACCCAAUGGCAAAAAAUCUGCUGAAGCAUGGCUAUCCUGUUAUUGCAACAGAUGUAUUCCCAGAAACCUGUAAAGAGAUGCAAGAGCUGGGUGCUCAGAUUGUAGACAAUCCUGCAGAGGUUGCAGAAAAAGCAGAUCGUAUUAUUACCAUGCUUCCCUCUAGUCCUAAUGUCAUUGAUGUGUACACGGGACCUAAUGGCAUUCUCAAAAAAGUAAAGAAAGGAUCCCUCCUGAUUGACUCCAGCACCAUUGAUCCAUCUGUUUCUAAAGAAAUGGCUGCGGCUGCUGAGAACUUGGGGGCAGUUUUUAUGGACGCACCUGUAUCAGGAGGUGUGGGCGCUGCCAGUUCAGGUAAACUGACUUUCAUGGUCGGAGGAGCGGAGGAAGAAUUUACUGCAGCCAAAGAGCUUCUCAGCUGUAUGGGAGCUAAUGUGGUUUACUGCGGUCAAGUUGGAACGGGACAGGCUGCAAAAAUUUGUAACAACAUGCUUUUAGCCAUAGGAAUGAUUGGGACCUCAGAGACAAUGAACUUAGGAAUCAGACUUGGACUAGAUCCAAAGCUUUUGGCCAAAAUAUUAAACAUGAGUUCAGGCCGCUGCUGGUCCAGUGACACCUACAACCCUGUGCCAGGAGUCAUGGAGGGAGUCCCAUCUGGAAACAACUACCAGGGAGGUUUUGGCACACAGCUGAUGGCUAAGGACUUGGGUCUGGCACAGAACACAGCCACCAACACGAGGACUCCUGUCCCCCUCGGCUCCUUGGCCCACCAGAUCUACCGUAUGAUGUGUGCGCGCGGUUAUGCCAAUAAAGACUUCUCCUCCGUGUUCCAGUUCCUGCGCGAAGAGGAGGGCCAGUAACAUCCGCUUCCACCACUCCGUCCACGACGUUGCCACGUGCCUCGCCCUGCACAGGACUAACAUAGCGUGUAGAUAGGGUGUAUUGUGACACAGAGACUUUAUUUUUGCCCAAAGUUAGGAAAUACAUGAAGCCCUAUAGAACUACAGCACAGUCUGAUGGGUCACUUGAGCACUUCUGUAAUGUUGGAAGUUAAACUUCAGCUGUGAUUAAACUUUUUUUUUUUCUAUUAGACACUCCUUUCUGUUUAAAUCCCAUGUGAAUUGUCACUUACAUGAAGAGGAAAAUCCCUGAAACAUUGAUUAUAUUACUCUGUGAAUCCUGAAUAACUGCAAUAUGGCUUUAUUCUCUACAUUUUUAUCAUGUUUUUAUUUCUUUACAAUGGUCUUUCUGUUCACACUAGGUUUUUCUGUUGACAAUGGAGUUGUUACUUUUAAAUGUAAUAUGCUGUUGGAGAAUAAACACAAAGUACUCAUUGUCUUGAGCUUCCUACCAAAUAA